AUGCCAACGAGCCGAUUUCCGACAUCGUCUGAUCCACCCAAGCACCUGGUUAAGACGAAACUAUGCAAACAUUUUACGAAAGGGUAUUGUCGGUACGAGGGCAAUUGCACUUUUGCUCAUCAGUUGGACGAGCUUGUGUACCGGCCCGAUCUUACGAAAACGAAGUGGUGCGCCCGGUUUUUGUCCGGCGCUUGCAAUGUCAGAAAUUGCAGCUUUGCCCACAGUGUCGCUGAACUCCGGCAUGUGGGUCCUGCCCAUAUGGCAACAACAGAACAGGAGUCGCAGAGCUCCGCGCUGUGCGAAUCUAAUGCCUCGGUGGGGCGUGGGUUGCGGGAAGCUUUGGCCGUGGAGAUGUCUCCACUCCCAGUGGCAACAAUGCCAACACCUCCGCAGCAUUGGUUUCACAGGCCAGAAGAAGCGACGACGGCGACGCCGCCCCUCUUUCAAGAUGACGGUUACGGCGAAGACGCCGCCGGCGAGGGUUUCAACGCUCGUGCCAGGUGCAGGUGGACAUCCGUGUGCAUCCGCUUGUUACUGUGGAAACGACGUCGACUGUUACGGCAUGGCCGCAUCCUUCUUUCCAGAUCCAGGCAGACGCUGUUGUGCAAAGCAGAAGUGGAUGAGGUGUCAUCCAUGCUCCUGGAAGACUUCACUUGGCUUCCGGAGUUCGCGGCUUUUGCACACCGGUGCAGCAGGUUGUUAGUGGAGCGCAUGGAAGUACCAGUGGAGGAGCAGAGGGCGGGCACAACGUCUUAA